GAUGACGGAAAGAAAAAGGUUAUACUUAUACAUAGAAAAAGAGGGAAUAGGCUGAUUAUGAGUUACUUAUUAUUGCUAUAAAAUUAAAUGAUAUUAAGGCGACCUAAUAAUAUCAGUUAAUGUAGUUAUAAAAUUGUAAAUAACAAUUUUUGAAUAGACUAAUACUAUAUAGAUAGCAACGUGUCCUAGGGUUAGACCAUUAGGGAAUCAUGUUAGUGCAUUUAGCAUAACAUGAGUGAACGUAAAAUGUGCAAGUUCUAUAACUUAAACGUACCUGAUCGACGGUCUGGUUCCGGUGACGGAGGCGCGCUGAAUCAUACAGGUAAUGAAGAUGAUGAUCGUAAUGAGGACGAAGGUAUCCAGCCAUACGUACCUCCUCAUGAACACAAGUUGGAGUACAGUUAUUGGAUGUGGUUCUCCCAACGGCCGCCAACUCGUGAUCUAUCCACAACCACUACGGGCUACGGCCAGGCGUUACGUAUGGUGGGUCGCAUGGGCAGCGUAGAGCAGUGGUGGGGGUUGUACUCGCACCUGUCGCGCCCCGACGAGCUGCCGCCUCUCUCCAACCUGCACCUCUUCAAACUAGGCAUCAAGCCUAUGUGGGAAGACCCUGCCAAUGUUAAUGGUGGGAAAUGGGUUGUGAGAUUGCGCAAGUCCCAGACGGGGCGCGCGUGGGAGGAACUCUGCAUGGCGAUGCUGGGUGAACAGUUCAUGGUGGGUCCGGAGCUAUGCGGCAUCGUGCUCUCCGUACGCUUCCAGGAAGACCAUUUGGCUGUGUGGCACAGAACGGCAACAGAUUUAGCCGCAGCAGCCCGGGUCCGGGAUGCUAUGAAACGGAUCCUGCAGCUGCCGAGUACAGUGAACCUCGAGUACAAAGUACAUAAGGACUGCCUGCGAGCCACCAACAGGCACGAGGAGGAGAUGAACCAUCGCUCCUAGCAACAUACUACCUCCUUACUCCCACCAUAAACUAUUUUUCUCUCUCACUUUGUUUUAAUAUAUCAAUAGAUGGAAGUAUUUCGGUUCUAAUUGAAUUGAUAAUCUUGUAUUUGUUAUAUUUAUUAAAUGCGAAUUUUUGUAUAGUUUAUAUAU